AUGCUGUCUAGACUCGUUUUAACUUUACCUCGUGUGACUACUCUUUCUGGAGUAAGGCUUCUUUCUCAAACUGCAGUCAAGUCUGCUCGUUUUGGAGGGAAUACAACCAGUGGGUUCCAACGUUUUACUCAGAGCGGAAUCGGAGUUCGAUCAGGUCCUUCUCUUAAAGAACGACUGCUAGGACCAACCACAGGAAGACCUUUUUUGUACGGAACUUAUGCUCUUGCCGGAGCUUCGCUUUUUGGUGUUGGAGCGCUUGUGUAUUACGGAUUGAUAUCCAAAGAACAAAGUAUUCUUCAAAACAGCGCCUUAUGGCCUAGUUAUGUUCGCGAAAGAAUAUCAUCUACUUAUGCUUACCUGGGUAGUGGGCUUGCUAUCACUGCUGGAAGUGCUGUAGCUGCGUCACGAUCUGCUGCUAUAAUGAGGCUCUCUCAAACAGGAGGAUUGAUGGGUUUUAUAGCUACAAUGGCUGUGAUCGUGGGCACAGGAAUGCUAUGUCAAUCGAUUUCUUAUGAAAACUCAGUUCCGAAACAUUUAGCUUGGAUGCUUCAUUGUGGUGCGAUGGGCGCUGUUUUAGCACCAAUGGUAUUUCUUGGAGGUCCUGUGCUGAUGAGAGCCGCUUGGUAUACUGCAGGAAUAGUCGCAGGUCUAUCAGCAACGGCCAUAACUGCUCCCUCAGAAAAAUUCCUUAUGAUGAGCGGCCCACUUGCUAUGGGUUUGGGCGUUGUGUUUGUUGCUAACAUCGGAUCUUUCUUCUUGCCUCCAGGAAGUGCUUUGGGAGCUGGCUUGGCUUCCAUUGUCAUUUAUGGUGGUUUAAUACUUUUCUCUGCAUUCCUUCUCUAUGAUACCCAGAAAGUAAUAAAAAGAGCAGAGAUGCAUCCUCACCCUGGUCAGUCAUUCGGAGUAGUUGCAGCUCCUGCUUUUGAUCCCAUUAAUGCGCAAGUAUCGUUGUAUAUGGAUAUUCUUAACAUCUUCAUGCGUAUGGCGAUGAUUAUGGGAAUGGGAAAUAACAGAAGGAAGUGA